CCGCCCCCCUACCCUGCGAAUGCGGAACUUAGCAAGUCGAUCAUGUGACAAGGGAGCCAGGAGGUCUGCAGAAACAGAGACGACCAGCGUACAGACGAUGGAGAUGAUCAAAGAUUCUCCAGACUAUAACUGGUUUCGAAGUACAGUUCCCCUAAAAAGAAUUAUUGUUGAUGAUGAUGACAGCAAAGUGUGGUCCUUGUACGAUGCAGGCCCAAAGAGCAUCAGAUGCCCCAUCAUUUUCUUUCCCCCCGUCAGUGGAACUGCUGAGGUGUUCUUCCAACAAAUGUUGACUCUGACAGGCUGGGGCUACAGAGUCAUAUCUCUUCAGUAUCCUGUGUACUGGGGUCUUGUGGAGUUCUGUGAUGGCUUCAGAAAGCUUCUUGAUCACCUACAGUUGGAUAAAGUACAUGUUUUUGGCGCAUCCUUGGGUGGCUUCCUGGCUCAGAAGUUUGCAGAGUUCACAUGCAAGUCCCCGAGGGUGCACUCUUUGAUACUGUGUAAUUCAUUCAGUGAUACCGCCAUCUUUAACCAGACAUGGACAGCAAACAGUUUUUGGUUGAUGCCAGCUUUCAUGUUGAAGAAGAUUGUUCUGGGAAACUUUUCUAAAGGACCUGUAGACCCAAAAAUGGCCAGUGCAAUUGAUUUCAUGGUUGAUAGGCUGGAGAGCCUCAACCAGAGUGAGUUAGCAUCAAGACUAACACUGAACUGUCAAAACUCUUAUGUGGAGCCACACAGGAUACAUGAUGUUGCUGUGACUAUUAUAGAUGUUUUUGAUCAAAGUGCACUCUCUUUAGAAGCAAAGGAGGAGAUGUAUAAAUUGUUCCCAAAUGCCAGACGAGCUCACCUGAAAACUGGGGGAAACUUUCCUUAUCUUUGCAGAAGUGCAGAUGUCAACCUCUUCAUCCAGGUUCAUUUACGUCAGUUCCAUGGGACACGUUAUGCUGCCAUUAACCCAGUGAUGGUGAUUGCUGAGGAACUGGAGGUCCAGGAAUGCCACAUGAAAACUUGCCAAGAAUCGGAUGAGCAAUGAUCAACAUUUUGUAGCACUGCACGCAUUUCACUUUUUGACAAAAAAAUGAAUUUGAGGACAUUUGCUACAAUGUGGUUUUAUUUUUGGGACAGGUAAAGUAAAUGCUGGUGUAGCUUUGUGUGUGUAUAUAUAUAUGUGUAUAUAUAUACAUAUAUACACAUAUACAUAUAUAUAUAUAUAUAUAUGGCUCUAUUUUUGUGGACCAAGCACACUGCGCCUACGCCAUGCCAACAGGGUGUGGCCAGUUCACUUUGCCAUUUUCUUGAGCAACUUAGUCCAGCGCAGCGCGACAUAACCACGCCUGCCAAGGGCGCAAGUGGCAAAGAGGGAGGAGACAAGGGUUUAACACAGCCAAGUGUAACCUUAACCAAUUAAAUGAACACCUCUCACUGCCUUUCAAUGUUCCUGACAGUUCCAUUAAACACAGCAGCAGGCUAAUCCAGGCAUCAUACUUGCGAUCCACCAGAAUGCUCUACAUCUCCAAAUAGGAGAACCUUUGAUGCUUUAUUCUCGGCAUUUCAUCCUCCUUGAGAAAAAAUGAACGGUAAAAAAAUAUAUACAGCCAGAUUUUUAAUAACCAACGUUAUAUUAAUCUUUGUUUUUAGUUAUUAGUUGUUGUCUAAGGGGUCGCUUUCAGUUUCACACGUGUGUGUGUGUGUAUAUAAUGUGUGCGUGUUUUAUAUAUAUAUAUAUAUGUGUGUGUGUGUGUGUGUGUGUGUGUGUAUUAAGGGCGCAACAUCGUGUAUUUCUAUCGAACCAUUUGAUACAGUGGUCACGUUUCGGUACGAAUGUGUAUCAAACAAUAUAUAACACACAUGCAAACUUGACACGACUGGGUGAUUCAUUUCAUUCCGCCUCCUGUGACGUAACUAGCUGCUGCACACUGUUUGCUUGCGCAAUUAUAUAUACGAUAUACAGUUUGUUUUCUUUCAGCUUUUUUUCUGAUACGGCGUUGCCACAGCUGAUGGAGUUUUUUGAUCCGCAUACUAUAUGCUAUAUUCAGAUCUACUUAUCUCUGUUCUGCCUGCUGCCCAGCAAAAUGCACUAAAUGGAUAUAUUUUCAGUUGACAAGCAAAAAGUAAAAGUGCAGUUAUGUUUAACAUGUGCAGUGUGCAAGUUAGCCAGGGCUCCACCACCAGCAAAGCAAACAAUGCUACAAAUGUGUGGCAACACUUAAAAGUAAAUCACAAAGAGGCAUGUGAGAAAAAUGUUCGCAUUUUCAAUAAAAUUCAAAUUAAAAAGGCAAGGUAUUUUUUUGUAUCGAAUGUAUUGAACCUGUAAAUUCUCCUGUUUUUUCUAGCAUGUGGUGUUUCUAAAAAUAGAACAGGUGUAUAUAAUCUAGUGACCCAUUUUUGAAAGUUUUUGUUAAUAGCGUCGCCAUUGUUACACAAACCUUUCCAAAAAAUAAAUACCAACCUAGUGCCUAAUGUCAUCAUUCUGGCAGGGUAACGUGUGGGGGUCCUUCUUGCAGUUUUGGCCACAUUACAUAAAUGGGACGAUUAAGCUAUAAUAAUAAUGGCUAGACGGGAGGAAUAUUAAGAUGGGCUGCUAUACUAUGCAGAGCCCCCAUUGACUGCUACUUUGCAGCUGUCAGUGGGGGCCUGCAUUGCACUACAUGCCCAUACAAAUAGAUACUACAAAAUUCCAGCUGAAAUUUUGAUGGGCAUGUAACCUGUGCUGUGAACCUUGGGCCCGGUGUCCGUUGUGCCACGCUGCCAAACAUUCUGCAUUGCAUAUUGCAGGAAUUAUUUUGCACAAACUAUUUGUAAAAGGCAUCUAGUGGCAUCACAAUAAAAGUGAAAGCUGAAAUGUGUUUCUAGCUGUGACUUGACAUCAGCAGUUGAUUGCAAAGUUUAAAUCCAAACAUGUUUACAUGUCCAAAAUGAGAAAAGAAUUAACAUUUGUUACGUGCCCUUGUAGGCAUGACCGUUCCCAAAAACAUGUCCACAUAGACCAUCUAUGUCUCUUAUUUCUCAAAUAUAAAUGUCUGUGACCUUUAUCAUAAAGCAAAGUACUCUGUCCCCUCAUAUAGCAGAAGAUGGAUGGAAUGCAGUGGAAUCUUAGCUCGUAUGAACUUGUAUAAACUUGUCUAUCAUUAAGCUCAUAAUAAAUGAACACCAAUUGAACCCCACAUGAGCAAGCACCUGGCUACAAAGGCAAGGAAAAACUCCCUCUUGGGAAGAAACCUUGGACAGAACCAAGGCUUUGUGGGGCGGCCAUCUCGACCGGUUGGGUUAGAAUAGAAAAAACCUUUAGUACAACAUAAUUCUGCAUAAUAAUGGUCUUUAUAGAUACAAGGUGCAAACGCAAUAAGUAAACAUACUAUGUGGUAGGUAACUAUGUAUUAAAACAGGUAUGUAAGUAUUGAUAUGUCCGGGAAAUGCUUGUGUAAAGGAUCGUCUUUUCCCUAAACACACACACAAACCCAGUAAUAAUGGUAUCAUGACUGCAUUCUUAACUGUCAAUUCAGAAAAAAAAACUCAACACACCUUGUAUGUCGUGUCCUGCCGUUGGUAUGCAGAAUGCUAGCUGACCCUGUUCUCUGCAGCUGGAAACACAAAUCACCAAAUCACAAAUCUGACACUGUAUCAGAGUGAUGUCAGCAAAAACCCUGAUCAGAGCAAUAUAUAGACUCAACGUGACAUAUUGCAGAAAAGUACUGCGACUACUACAAAUCUAUAAGCUUUGCUGUUCUCAGCUUUUAACGGAGCAGUGCCUACUACAGGGGAGAGAAAGAGAGACAAGUUAUUCAAAUGUUAUAUCAGUAACUGUUGUAUACAUAUAUAGGUAUGAAUGUGGGUGGGAAUGGUUGAUUGUCUAUAUGUGUCGUGCCAUUGGCUGGCGGCCAGUCCAGGGUGUACCCGGCCUCUCGCCCAAAGGAAGCCGGGAUAGGUUCCAGCAUACCCCUCCGAUGCUUGUGAGGAUAAGCAGCAUAGAAAAUGGAUGUAUAUAUGGAUUUAAUCCCACCCUUGCCCAUGUCCAUUAUUUAUCAUUCAUUCACAUCAUAACUUUUACAUGGUGACACUUCAUAUAUUGCCUGCUUACAUUCUGUCAUGGGCUGGGUUGGAACCUGGGUUGGAAUCACCUCUUGGGCAUCUCUGUGGAGUUUGCGAAAAGCUAUGGAAUGAACACAAUCAGUUUUUUAUUCCAAAGUGAAAGAACUCCACAUUAAAACAAUCCACAAUUUUACCCUUGCAACUCACGUCUAGCCAAAUUCAUGGAGGGGUUCUUGUCACAAUGCUCAUUUAGCAAAAUAGAAGAGGAAUCAAUAAGGCACUUAUUCUACGAAUGUCCCAUUUCUCCAACAUUUUGGACCGAAGUUUCUAUUUUACUUUUCAUGUCUUUUAAUACAGUCAUGCAUGGACAUCAAAAUGGAAAUGGUCUUGUUUCUACAAUACAACCUUCGUAAAGAUCUGCAGAAUGCUGUGAAAUGUCUUUGUUUAUUAGGAAAAUUCCAUAUUCACAAAUCCAGAGUCAUGUUAUGCAAGCCAAAUAUUCACCGGUUUUCUUCUGAACUGAAAAUAUUAUAUGAAUCACUGAAGCUGAUAUUCAAACAUAUUCAAACUUUCAUACAUUGGAGAACGUUCUAAAAACAAUUCAUAUGAAGAGCAAGCUUAAGUGACAUGUUUUCUAUUAUUUUUAUUUUGUUGUUCUUAUUUUCAAUAU